AUGGGUGCUCUGUGCAAGGAUGGCUCAACUUCUAGAGCGCUAGAUGUCUUCUGUGAUCUUAAGGAUAAGAAAGUCCCGCCAAAUGUUUUCACCAACAAUUAUUUGAUUCAUGGCUUGUGGAAAGCUGGCAAUGUUGAGGAAGGAAGGGCAAUGUUUUCUAGGCUCUGCAAAGAUUGGUGUGUACAGCCUAAUAUUGUCACGUACAACAUAGUAAUCAGUGGGCUAUGUAGACAUGGCUUCGUAGAUGAAGCAUAUGGUCUGUUCAAAAUGAUUGAGGUGAGUGGUUGCUACCAAAAUUAUCACUCUUAUAAGUUUGAUCGUCCGCUAAUAUCUUCGACACAAAGAUCCACUCGAUGCAGAGGAACUCAUUCAAGAGAUAGUAUCUAA